GACUUAACGUAAACAAACGAUCCAUCGAAGAACUUGGACUACCUUGGGUUUCACCCGCCUUGACAGAACUCAAUGCCAAAACGCAAGCGGACAGCAGCUGAAGCCCUAAAUCCAGACCCUGAAUCAAAGAAACUGCUUCCCCAGAAAAGAUUUUAUCGUCAAAGAGCUCAUGCAAAUCCUUUUUCUGAUCAUGCGCUGGACUACCCAAAAUCACCUCAAAACAUGGAUUGGGAUGCUCACUACCCUGCGUUCGCAGGUACGGGAAGGACCCCAGAGUUUGCGGACAUAGGUUGUGGAUUCGGGGGUCUGAUGAUUGCAUUGGCCCCAUUGUACCCCGAUGUUCUGAUGCUCGGCAUGGAAAUACGCGUUCAAGUGUCACAAUACGUUCAAGAUCGUAUCAGCGCUUUGCGUACGGCCGACAAUAGCCACCAGAAUGUUUCAAUUGUCCGCGCUAACGCCAUGAAAUUCCUUCCCAACUUUUUCCCGAAAUCAUCCCUUUCGGCACUCUUCUUCCUUUUUCCUGAUCCCCAUUUUAAGCACCGGAAACAUAAAGCGCGUAUCAUUUCACCGACACUCCUUGCUGAAUACGCCUACGUUUUACGACCUGGUGGUAUCGUUUACACGAUCACGGAUGUGAAAGACCUUCAUCAAUGGAUGAAAGCACAUCUCGAAGUAUUCCCAUUAUUCGAACCUGUUUCUGAGGAAGCGCUGCGUGCUGAAGGGAAGGGAAAUAUCGUGGACGCCGUGUUUAGAUCAACAGAAGAAGGCCAGAAAGUUGAGCGUAACAAGGGUGAUAAGUGGCUUGCAUGUUUUAGAAGAAUAGAAAUUUCUCGAUCGUGA